AUUUUCCACAAUUUAUCAACAGCCGCCGCCUCAUCAGCGCUUUUCCGUUAAAUUCCAAUUUACCACCAGUUUUCACGCGCAAAUUUCUCUCUCACACACUCACACAGUGCGUUCUCUUCUCGCCCCAUUUUUUCCUUUUUUUUUUUUCCUCACAAGUGCUUCAUAUAUAACAAAGCACAUUUCCUCUGUUUUGUCUUCGCUCAUUUGCCGGCACUUCCGAAGCCCUAACCUCCAAUCUCCAUAUCCAUCUCCAUCUAUUCCUUAGUUUUCAAAAUUCAACCGUUGGUGUUGGUGAUUUGCUCCUUGUUCAUAUCGGUCUUCUCAAUCGUUGUUCUGCUAUCUCAUGUUGUACGUUGGGCUGAAGAAUUCAAGUGGGUCCAUGGUCUGCUAUGCUUGGUGCUAGUUAGUUGAAUUUUUUUGAUAAAUAUACAAGAAAUGGACCGGCGUGAUACUUCGGGGUUUGUAAGUGGGGGAUGUCUCUACUCAUUUAGAGACAUCUAACUGUAGUUUUGUACAUAAUUUAUUUAGCCCGGAAGUCAGGAGGCUGUUCUUUGUCGUUUAGCAUUGCAAUUUAGCUAUCAACUAUGGAUGCCAGAUUCCACAAUUUUGGUUAUGCUGCAAACCCUGGAUUGAAUGGUUUGAGGAAUCUGAGCAAUUCUUUUCAAAUUGGAGGAGCUACUGGUGGUAGUGGUGCUUAUGGUGCUGACACUACAUUACGACUUGAUUUUUCUGGAUCGCCAAUGCCUUUUGCGUCUGCCCCAAAAGGAAUUAAAAGGAAGUGGAGUUUGAUGCAUGAACCAGUUCAACAACUUGAGUCCGCCUUGUCUCUCCGUCUAGGCCAUUCUUCAAGUUCCUCAGACAGUAAAGGUAGUUCAACUACUGCAUGCACAUCAAUUUCUUCAGCAAAAGAAAUAGAGGAGUCGUCUUCAAUGGAUCUAGAGCUGGACUUCACUCUUCAUCUUGGUAAUGAGAGGAAAUUUGGUAGUCCUUCUAAAUCAGUGGAUGUUUGGCCAAAGGUUGAUCUGGAGUUGAGUCUUUCCAGUGGAGUGGCUGAAUCUGAUGUCACUACACUUCAUCUCAGUUCUACCCCACCAAAAAAUGUGGCGAGUUUCAUGCCUGUUGCUGUUGGCCAGACCUUGAACUUUGAGGAAAGAUCAAGCUCCAUUAUGGGUAGUGUGCUUCAACCAUUGGAGGUAACAAACCGUAGACCGAAUGACUCUUUGUUUAAUGAAGUUGCAAUGGAGAUAAAUCCAGCUGCAAGCACUCAGGAGUUUUCAUCUAGCAUGAUAACAACACCAAAAAGCUCAGUCACCUGUACUUCCGGGAUAACUCAACAGUCACAGCAGCAGCGUAGUACUAGUACCAAGCAGUGUCAAGUUAAUGGAUGCCUAAAAGGGGCUAGAGGUGCUUCUGGACUUUGCAUAGCUCAUGGGGGUGGUCGUAGGUGUCAGAGAUCAGGCUGUCAUAAAGGAGCUGAAGGUCGAACUGCAUUUUGCAAAGCUCAUGGUGGUGGUCGUCGGUGUGAAUAUCUAGGAUGCACUAAGAGUGCAGAAGGAAGGACUGACCUCUGUAUUGCCCAUGGUGGUGGACGACGAUGCAGUCACGAUGGCUGCAGUCGAGCUGCUAGGGGAAAAUCUGGAUUGUGCAUUCGUCAUGGGGGUGGUAAAAGAUGCCAGAAGGAAGAUUGCAAAAAGAGUGCAGAAGGCCUGUCUGGUCUCUGUAUCUCACAUGGAGGUGGUCGUCGAUGUCAGUACCCAGAAUGCACCAAAGGGGCACAGGGGAGCACAAUGUUUUGCAAGGCUCAUGGUGGUGGUAAACGAUGCACCUUUGAAGGAUGCAAUAAAGGUGCCGAAGGUAGUACUCCCUUCUGCAAGGGCCAUGGUGGAGGAAAGAGGUGCUCCUUCCAAGGAGGUGGUAUAUGUCCAAAAAGUGUGCACGGAGGGACACUUUUCUGUGUGGCGCAUGGGGGUGGCAAGAGGUGUGCUGUCGCAGAGUGUACUAAGAGUGCAAGGGGUCGGACCGAUUAUUGUGUUCGUCAUGGUGGUGGCAAGAGAUGUAAAUCUGAAGGGUGUGGAAAGAGUGCACAAGGAAGCACCGACUUUUGCAAAGCCCACGGCGGUGGGAAGAGGUGUUCUUGGGGCCAGCCUGGUUCUGAACUUGGAAUUGGUGAAAAUCCUUGCAACUCGUUUGCUCGAGGUAAAACUGGACUGUGUGCAUCCCAUGGUGCUUUAAUCCAGGAUAAACGGGUUCACGGUGGUGCAACAGUAGGAGCAUUGGUCCAUGAUUCAGAACCGCACAGACAUGAGAAUUUGAAACAGGACAUGAAUGUUGAUAUUAUCAUGAAAUUGGAUACAGCAUCUUCAACUGGUUCUGGCUGGAAAUAUGGUGGUCCAAUGCCAAUUGGUAUGCCUAGUAUGCCUUCUAAUUCAGCAAGUCCAACACCAGAAGGGAGGGUUCAUGGGGGCAGCUUGAUGGCUAUGCUUACUGGCAAUGCUAGUCUUAACUUCAGCAGCAACAAUAGUUGUGUAACCGGUCCAUCUGAGCCUGGAAGUUCUUGGAUUCUUCAGAGCCGGAAGUAAAGAUGGUUCACCUACUUUCAUCUUUCUAUGAAUUUCAUGGUCAGACAUGUUUGUCUUUUCUGUUUGCAUAUCCUUCCCCAGAUUUCAUAUCUAGGUUGUGAAACAUUUUUUUUUUUUCUUUUUUUGUUUCAAUUGGUGAAAUAUAUGUGUGUGGUAAUAAGGGGAAGAAGUGAUCUGUCUGGCGAUUAGACUUUCAUUUGUAGUGUGGUUUCCAGUGUGUUUUUCAUUGUAAAUAUUUGAAUUUGGCCUCCUGUUCCAUUAUAUAAAGUCUGGUGUUUAAAAUAACUUAGCAAUUCCAUAUUCUACUUUGAUUGGAGUUGCCUUCUCUGUUGCUUUGUGAGUGCGCUGUGCGAAAUACUUCGAAGUUGGCAUCUGUUGUGAAGCCAUUAUUCUCUCUUUUGGGGUGUUUACUUGCAAAACCCCACAGACCAUGUAAGUAAAUAUGUUGUACAGCAUGGGGUAUUGAGAUGGAUUAGUUUAAUAUGAAAUAACUACAGGGGUAUUGAGAUGGAGUACAGCAUGGUACAUUUGAAAAUAAAAAAAAAUUGAUAGUCGCAACAAACUAUAUAGGCUCUGGAAAAGGUGCUCUGUAACAAAAUGAUAAAACCUAUGAAUGAUGCUUUAUGUAAUUAACUACUUUUAUGCAUAACUUGUCGUGCGAAUGAAAUUGUCAUCCUGCAGGCUCCCCUUAACUAUGUAUGAUUCGUAAGAUGUAGCAGAGGAGCGGAUAAAGGCUGGAGUUUUAGUUCACCUGUGCGGCAAUUGUAACUCUGAGGUAUUGAACAGUUCCAAUUCCGAUCUUCUAUCCUGAUUUAAAUGCAACAGGAUUCUUUUUUAUGUGAACAAACUCCGUCAAGUUUCACUUUGUGCUUGUUACCACUGACUCGGAAUAUUGAAAAGGAUAGGGGAUCAAUCCUAUCAAAUUCAUCGAGAUGCAAUUCUAAUUUCGUCUUGCUGUUAGUAGCUAUUCCCCCAUUCAACUUUACAUACAGACCUCCAGUUUUAUACUCCAGACUAAAAGGUUAAUAUUCUAAUUCUUCGAUGGGCAUAAAUUCCACUCUCCUCAUAAUUCCUGGAUCUUGAAAUUGGCCAGUUUAGAUAGGUCAUGUACUGCUUCAACUAGAUGAUCAAGUCUGGCAACAAACUCAAUAAGCAACGAGGUGAAAGUAGCGAGUGACAAUUGAAUAGUACUAUCCCAUGCACGCAUUUUCGGAAUGAAAUCAGGACCGUAACCUCCUUCCCCUUCAAAAGCAUCAACUUCUCGCGACGGCCAUGAAUACAGCCUUCUGAAUUGUAUCCUCACUGUCUCGUGGUAGGAUUCUGUUUGCAGUGGUGGGUAGUCUCUCAAGGGCUGGGAAGGCGGAUUAGAAUCGUCUUCAUCAGGAAGUUUAAGACCAAACUCUUCUGCUACAUCAUCCGAUAACUUUAGGGAGACAUUUGUCGAUGGUGGCUUGUAAGUCAGGUUGUCAGGUGAUGGUUGAUCAUAGCUUGAUGUCAGCAGAUACGAAUGCAUAUCCAUAGCGCGUUGGAGCCUCUCAGUUUUCAGAUGGACCUUCUUCAGCAGAUUAGUUUUGAGGCUUCUUUGCAUAUCACGAAUAUCACCCCCUAAAGACCGAACUAACUCAGCCGCCUCGGUGGUGGCUUCUAGGAUCUCCCUCUGGAAUGUGAUUCUGAGAUUAUAAGGAGCCUGCACAACACAAAGAGUCACACAAUACAGUUUGAGUGAAUUUCUAGUGAGUGGAGCAUAAUGUUGUACUUAGUGGAAGGCUUCCUGAUAUGGAUCUUGUAUCAUUUUCCAGUGGAAGGGAAUAUAUUCAGGAAUAUAUAUAUAUACAUGAAAGGGAAAUGGAGUUGAUCAAACUAUGGUUUUGAAUGCUUUACCGCAUCUUAACCGUGUAUUUUUAAGCUAGAUUCUACCACUAGGAACAAACAAAUGGUAUCAGAAUAAUGUCCUACAUUCCUGAGCUUCUUUAUCUUGCCACGAAUAAUGUCCUACAUUCCUGAGUUACUAACAGGAUUAGGUUAGAGAAAUGAAACUAGGACCUGAAUUUCGGAGUGAAGAACACCAUGUAACGCCAUAACCUCGUAGGCACAAUAUCUCAAAACUGCACCAACUUUCACAUACUCAGACCAUGGGUAGAGGAAUUGGCAGAACCUGCCAUGUGGUGGCUCCCAUUUAGCUGAAUUAGCCUUUGGUAAGAAACAAAGAACCAUCAUUAAUUUUAACCUUUUUGGAGAUAUAUUCAAAAUUUUAAGGAUUUAUGUUAAACAGGUUCAAUACCAGGGUUUCCAAUUUAGAUGAAGAGUUCAAAGUGGAUCUGCAUUUCUUAUAAGCAGGCUCAUCUGGGAACUCAUCCAUCACUGCAUUUGAAAACUCUGGAUGAUUUGAUCCAUCAUCUGCCAAAUACUUCUUCACACAUUCU